GUCCUGCAGCGAUCUCCCGCGCGUCGACCACCAACGCAAGCGGCGGCCUCCUCCUUAGACCCCAGCUCUUGAAAAGUGAGCCAACCACCCCGGCCGACGGACGACCGAGCGCAAAAUCCACCUUGCCCUCCUGGGGUGUCGCCUUUCUCCUCGCGCUCGUCCGCAGAAGCCCCGUCGCCUUUCGCUCAGACCAUCUUCUUUUUCGUUUGCACCAGUUCCCACCCAUUUUCCUCCACUCCUCACUGUUUUUUUUUUUUGUCUCUCGAAGCCUGCCCAAACAAGAAAAGCCGCUCUAUGGUCGCCGUGUCAGUCCAAUUGCCCUGGACCUAACCACAAGUACCGUACCAGCCUCGAAGGUACCUACCUAAUCCCACCUACCUAAUCCCAAAGAAGCGUCAAUCACUCCAGGCCCAGCGACAACGUGCCUCCUGACAAUCAGGAAACCGCUUAGACGUAGCCUGCUGGAUUGUUCUCAGCAUUUCAUCUUAUCUAUUUUUUUUUCACUCUCUUUCUUCCCUGCAUAAGUUCACCUGCAGAGAAAGGGUACAUUUCACCAACUACGCCCUGAUCAGCCGCUCGACAGGCCCACGCGUGGCAUCCCCGUUGGAUCACCACACAAGGGAGGAAUAUCUCUCCCGGCUAGUAAACGCCGAACCACCACCGCCCACUCGCCUCCCGUCCCCCGGACGGCCAGCCCGCCCGCCAUGCCAUCCAGAACACAGAGCAAUGGCGCAACGCCCCAACCAGGCGCCAAGCGAUUCGAGCUGCCUGCCCUCGAUUUCAAGUUCACACCAUUGACCGAGGGCACCGAUAUCCCGCCGCCUCUGCCGUCGCCCAUCGAGGAGGCGCCGCCACAAAUCGAGACUCCUACCGCCGCCGCUGACAAGACCAGGCAGGCAACCGGCACCGCAUCGGCCAAUGAAGGAAAUGACGCCGAUAUGGAGGACGUCGGCUCGCCAAUGUCACUUAUCAAGGCAGGCACGAAACGCCCUGCCGACCAGCCAAUCUCUCCGGUCUCACCCACCUCAUCAAAGCCUGGCAGCAUCCGGAGACUAUUCAGUCGGAAUCUCCUCAACACAUCCUACACGGAGGGCGAGGGCAACAACUACACCACGGGCGGCAGUAACAGCCUGGACGGAAGGCCCGAGAGCCGGAGCAACUUCAGCGUUAUGACGGACGGCAAGAGGUCGAAGCGGUCAAGCUCGUGGUUCCGCCGGCUGCGGGGCGGCGGUGACGACGGCGUCAAUAGGAGGGCCACAGUGCUAUUCGAGGACGUCAAGCAGUCCGGCCCGCCACCGCCCAUGAUACCCGAGCUCAGCGCUCUCGAUUCCAAAGUCGAUCUCAACGCGGACACCGACUUUAGCGCCGACUUGUUCAAAAAUAUCAAGUGAUGAUUGGCCCUGGGCCAAUCAUCCGCGCUUACCUUUCUAUUUUGGUUGCACUUGCCCCUGUUGUUUCUCCUUUCACCCCACCUUCUGCUUCUUCCUGGCAUGUUUUAUGUCCCCUUUACGCUUGCUACCUGCAGCGGAACCCCGUUUUUACCAUUGUUUCUCUCACGCAUCAUCUUUUCCUCGUUUUUAUUGGCUUUUCGUUCGCUUCUUUGAAGAUUGAAGCGCAUGGAUGAGAUACGAACUUUCGCAUUUCCCCCGAGCUGAGAUCGACCGCAGCAGGGCCCUGAGGGAACCCCCGCGGGUCUCUUCAGCUUCGCUGCAUCGCCCUGCCUUUGACUGGAAACAGAGACGAGACGGGCAUUGAGAGAGGAGAAAAAGAGAAAGAGAGAGAGGCGUGAAUCGAUACCCCAGCUCAGCAUCUGACUGAGCUCCACAUUCCUUUACAUACAACGUCCCGCUUCCUUCACGUCCCCCCUCAGUUUCUUUUAUUCUUCGCUUGAUACUCGGUUUUUUUUGUCAUGACCUCCCGCAUUACCCAGGGCUGCUACCUGCUCUUACUCCUCUAUGUUCACGCGCCUGUUCUAGGGUGCCGCUUGGACAACUUCCACGGCCUAACCCUGUCUGCUUUGUUUUGAAUAUCACUCUUGAUCCCCACCUGUCCGUCACCACCGCAUAUCCUGUCUCACGUGUCCCCACCACUAUUUAAUAGCUAGCCAUAUAGGAUAAGGACACCAAUCCUCGCUACUGGAACGGGGAUUUCUUGGGGAUUGGGUCCUUGGGGCGUCCAUUUUAUGCUGCAUGGCUUGCCCCGCUACACUCACACCUCUAUUAAUAUAGCGAGUCUUGGCGGCUUCCCUCCCAUCGCUUGCGGAAUCGAAACAUGUACAGCAGGCAUUUGGGUUUGAAAGCGCCAGGCAAUGACAAUACUUGUUUUGUUCUGCCUGAAUAACCUGUUCACUCCAUG